AGCUCCUGCGUGUCACACAUGUGCAGAGACAGAAGCAGGGGGCGGGGCCAAACCACAUCUGGAUGAGAAACAUCUGGAGCUCCUUCUCUGCGCUCACGCAACAGCCUCUCCGCUCUCACCGGGCUGAGUCAACAGCGACACGACGGCACAUCGACCGACCCAAGCCCAUGACUUCGUCCCGGAGAUGAUGACUCGGAGCUGGACGCUUUGGAGCGGGGUCUCCGUCCUCCUGACAGCAUGUCUUCCAGGUGCUGUCCUGUCUUUCAGCUACCAGAGAGACAACCUGUGUAAGUGGUGUGAAGUUUCCAGUCCAGUGUGUAAGGACAACAUUUGCUUCAGUAACUGCAACUUGACCUCCUUCUGCACGGUCGCCGAGGAGAUCUGCGUCUCCAUAUGGAGGAAGACCAACAGCACAAUGACAGUACAAACAAUGUGUCACCUCCCGAUGAUGCCACUAGAGGGAGUUGACCCCGCCUUACUGCUGAACUUCACCUCUAGGGAAUGUCACAUGGUCCCACAGCCAGCAGAGGAUGAAACCAUGAUGGUCUGUGGCUGCCAGGGUGAACACGAAUGCAACGACAAACUCAUCUUUGACAAAGGAGCAAAUGGUCUCGCUAGGUUACAGAGUAAAGAUGUAAUCCCAGUGGUCGUGAUUAGUUUGGUGCCUCUUGUUCUGGUGGCCAUCGUUGCCACCAUCGCCUUCUACUUCUACAGAGUACGCUGCCCUGGUAAACCAGGCCCUCCUACACGUCCUGACUGGCCCACUAAACACUCUCCAGAGCUCUACCAGGCUUUGGACAUGCCAUGUGAGGGGCCAGGUCCCAGGGGUGAAAGUGGAGGAGGAGGUCUGAUGUGUCCUGGAGAUGAACUGGAGAACCAGGUGGCAGAAUUGCUGCCCAUCAAGCUGGAUCUGCUAGUGGGAAAGGGGCGCUUUGCUGAAGUUUGGAGGGCACGCCUGCUGCACAGUGAGAAGGGUGGAGCUGACAGUUAUGAAACUGUGGCAGUGAAGGUUUUCCCAGCCAUGGAGUACACCUCUUGGAGGAACGAAUGCUCCAUCUUCUCUGAAAAUACAUUACAACAUGACAAUGUGGUUCAGUUCCUGGCAGCUGAAGAGAGGAGCCCACCAGGCAAUACUCUCCAGACAUAUUGGCUGGUUUUGUCCUAUCACAGCCUCGGAAACCUGCAGGACUACCUCACAGCCAGCACUCUGAGCUGGAGGGAGUUAAUCUUUAUGGCAGGAAGCAUUGCAAAUGGAUUAGCGCACCUCCACAGUGACACAACGCCCAAUGGAGAGCCAAAGGUCCCAGUUGCCCAUCGAGACCUAAAGAGCAGUAACAUUUUGGUAAAGAACAGGAACGAGUGUGCCCUGUGUGACUUCGGUCUGGCGCUGAGGUUGGACCUUUCACUGACAGUAGAUGACUACGCCCACAGUGGACAGGUGGGGACAGCUCGAUACAUGGCUCCUGAGGUUCUGGAGUCCAGGGUGAACCUGGAGGACCUGGAGGCCUUUAAACAGAUGGACGUUUACUCCAUGGCUCUGGUCCUGUGGGAGAUGGCCUCCCGCUGUGACGCUAUUGGAGAGGUGAAGAGCUAUGAGCCGGUGUUUGGCUCAAAGGUCUGCGAGCAGCCCUGUGUGGACAGCAUGAGAGACCUGGUUCUGAGGGACAGAGGACGGCCGGACAUCCCCUCCACAUGGACCCAGCACCAGGGGAUGGACGCAUUCUGUUCCACCAUCACAGAGUGCUGGGAUCAUGACCCCGAGGCCAGGCUGACAGCUCACUGCGUCGUGGAGCGCUUCAACGCCCUUCAGCACGACGAGGAGGUAGAAGAGAAAGCUGAGGAAGAAUGUGCAAGAAGGGAGGAAUGAACUGAGGAGACUUCACACUUUAGCACUGAUUUGCCUUGUCCUUCAUUAAAAUUUCAUGUCUUACUACAGAUUUAUCCCACGACUCAUUGCCUGAGCCCAGGUCCCAUGCCCUUAGCCACUGUGUUCUCAGGUACAGAAAAUACUAAAUUACAAAAACUGUUGCAAUUACAAAUAGAUUGUGAUUUCACUGACAGAGGAGUAACAGUUCUCAACAGAACAAAGGUACUGGAGAAUAAUAUCUGUUCAAUUAGAAUUUAGUUUGUCCGUUCACCUCUUGAGGAAUGAUGACGAGAUCUAAACAGAAUCAGUCUGGGGAGUUUUAAACCAGAAAUUAGAUGUUUUAUUCCUGACUUUAUCAUUCUGACUUAGUACACCAUCAUGCUGUGGAAGACAUUCAGUUUAUUUAUAUAGCGACAAUUAACAAUACAAGUCAUCUCAAGGCACUUCACAACAUUCCUAUUGCACUCACUUAUCAGUUCAGUUCAUUGUGGCCAGUUAGUUAAAAGUUUCUUAUGUAAGGAAACCCGGCAGACCGCAUCGAGUCACUGGCUCAAUCUCAAUACUCGUACUUGCACGCUUGCGCCCUUCCUUUGCGCAUUCCCGGCCAGGGGUGCGAGUGCGUAGGGUGUCUGGAUUCUCAAGUGCAGAAGUUGACCAUGCCCCCAUUGCACCCUUAAUCUGCAUGUCACCCAAGUCUGCAGCGAUGCGAACCUCGGGCAAGGGUAUUACCCACAAGUCAUUGCUGCGGGAAAAAAGGCUCAAGUUCCUUUUCUGAAAAUAUGUAUUUUCUAAUGAAAUUAGUUAAUUUUAGGACGAUUAGUUGAUGCUCUGAAUAUUUUAGACAAAGCAGCAAUAAAGUGAAAUUUAUUUCAAAAAAUUGCUUUGUUGUUUGAAAGUUGUUAAUAAAGGUUUUUGAAAAAAGUUUCACAGUGACCAGCAUUCCGCUAUGCUCCCCGUCUCAAUUCGGCAAUUAUUUGCACACUUGUGUACUACGCACUCGAACCCUCCAGCGCACUUUCUCCAAGUGCUCUUUGCUGUGCAGUGCGAGUUUUGAGAUUGGGCCACUGACUUGUUGUGUCAGUGUCUUCACAGCAAUCCCUAAGCAAUACUAAGCAAGCGUGUAGCGACAGUAAAGAACAGGACAAAACCUCCAACAGACCCUAGAUCACUUUGAGCUGACAUCUGUCACAGCCGACUAGGGGUUUGAAAACACAGAGCAGAUACAAAAAACUGUUGUUGGGUGGUUAGAGGAGUUCCUCUGGGCGGAUGUUUAGGUACCAUUCUGUAUUCAUGGAUGUUCUGAGACUAAACUAUGAGUAAAAAUGGUAAAUGGCCUGUAUUUUUUAUAGCGCCUUCUUAGGGUUCUACAACUCCCCAAGGCACUUCACAACACAAUCAGUCAUUCACCCAUUCACACAAACAUUCACACGCUGGUGAUGAUGUGCUACGAUGCAGCCACAGCUGCCCUGGGGUGCACUGAGGGAGACAAGGCUGCUUAGCACAGGUGCCACCGGUCCCUAUGAACACCAGCACCAGGCAAGAAGGGUUAAGUGUCUUGCCCAAGGACACAACAGCAGUAUUCGAACCUUCCAAUUGCUGGACAACCCGCUCUAUCUCCUGAGCUACUGCUGCCCGUGAGUACACUCCUUGGGCUGGAGAGUAUCUGUGGAUCUGUGCUUUAAGGUUUUUGCUCUCAUGACCCAGUUAGGCAGCACAAGGAUGGAUGAAAAAUCUCCAGAAGUGAUCAUAGCCAUACUCACUCAAUGAAAGAACUUUUGUCAAACUUGUGACAGCAAACGUUCACCAGUAAUCUGCUGUGCAGAUGUAAAAAUCGGUAGAUUUUGUUGGAGCUGGUCUCCAUUGUUGUAUUAUUCUGUAAUAAUGACUAAUAUGUUUUGCUGUAACCUACAUGUAUGAUUAAAUCAGACAGUAAGUUUCAUCCUGUUAUAAUUGCAAUUCCACAAACUGAUUUCUUGAACCAUUUCCAGUCAAAAAGAUCACUGCCAGAGGUUUCGUUGUACUUUGUUUUUAUAACUAUUCUCAAUUACUUUGGAUGUUUGGGAAAUGGAAAACCAUAAAAUUGUAAAAUAAUACUGUUGUUAUUACAAAUCUACUACGCAGGAUGUAAAAUCAGUAUUUUAAAUCUGUUUUGUUUACUUGAAAAUAAAGUUUUUAUGUGAAUAAUU